UUAUGGUUCAUAAGAAAUUAGGUCAAUUAUUCUCAUACAUGUUGAGAAACAGAGUACAGCAGUGAAACGUGUCAUGUGAGGGGCCCCAGAGAAAGUGUUCUGGUCCAGUGUUUGGAGUGGAUCGCAGCAGAUGGAGAGGGUUCGGGCCCCUGGACCCCUAGCUGACUGAGGAUAUCGCUUAGUCACCGCCGGUAACCGGGAGAAGCAGCGCCGCCCUGUGUACGCACCGAUUGGUUGGUGAUCUUGACGGGGCUCGCCUUCUCCACAGACCGUCUUCAGUCCAGGGCGGGGCUGACUCUCCACCAAACUGAAUUAGGCUACAACCGGCAGAAGAAAACUUAGCCCGGCUCGAUCCAUGGAGCAGUGCGGGAAUGCUCUGUCCGUAGGUGGGGAGCGCACAGCCCGGACGGCGGCCACAUUUCGGCCACAUCCUUUCGGACUGCCCGAGCAGCUGUUGUGAUCAGGAGUGACCGGAUUGAAUACUACGGCACCGGGAUUGGCUUAAAAAAGCAUCUGCGGGGUUGGAGAAGAAGAAGAAAAAGAAGAAGAAGAAGAAAAAAAAGACGCGCGUUUGUUGCUGCGCCGCUGUUUAGGAUGAUGUGACAAAUCACUUCUCUGCUGCCUGUGGAAAAAAAUCUGUGGAACCGGAUUUUUUAAUCCCCCACACUGCUGGAGAUCAACUGAGCUGGUUGUUAGAAGGCUGGCAGGCCUGGGGUGGGACAGAGAACAUGGCUGAACCACGGCGGGAGAGCACCAGCAGCCUGCAGAGGAAGAAACCUCCGUGGCUCCGACUGGACAUUCCCACGGCUCAGAUGUCGCUGGACGAGCCUCCCACUUUUGUUCAGCCGGUGAAGAGGCAGGGGUUCCUGCGCAGCAUCAGCAUGCCAGUGGAGACCUCUCACCUCCAAUCUCCUCCCCGUGACCUCUUCGACACCCGGCGGCCUGUCUUACAACGUCAGUCAUCCAUCACUCAGACCAUAAAGAGGGGAACGGCGGACUGGUUUGGGAUCAGUAAGGACGGUGAUGCCACCCAGAAAUGGCAGCGGAAAAGUCUUCGCCACUGCAGCCUACGCUACGGGAAGCUGAAACCGCAGGUGAUCAGAGAGAUGGAUUUGCCCAGCCAGGACAAUAUCUCCUUAACCAGCACAGAGACCCCGCCUCCUCUCUACGUCCCCUCCUCACAGCAUGGCAUGCAAAAGAUUGUGGACCCACUGGCGCGAGGACGGGCCUUCCGCAUGGUGGAAGAGGUAGACGGCUACAGCGUGCCUCAGACACCUAUCACCCCCGGAGCUGCCUCGAUUUGCUCCUUCACCAGCUCCCGCUCAGGUCUCAACCGACUUCCUCGCCGACGAAAGAGGGAGUCUGUGGCAAAGAUGAGCUUCAGGGCCGCAGCAGCGCUCGUCAAAGGGCGCUCGUUACGAGAGAGCACGCUAAGAAGGGCCCAAAGACGAAGCUUCACCCCUGCCAGCUUCAUGGAGGAGGACGUGGUAGACUUUCCUGAUGAACUGGACACUUCCUUCUUUGCCAGAGAUAUUCUGAUGCAAGAGGAGUUGUCCACAUAUGCAGACGAGGUGUUUGAAUCACCGUCUGAGGCGGCCAUCCAAGAGGCAGAGCCCAGCGGCAAGAAGGAUGAGACGGAGCUGACAGGCAGCGCCCUAGAUAAGACGGAGCUGGAGAGGAGUCACCUCAUGCUACCUCUGGAGCGAGGAUGGCGUAAAGCCAAAGAAGGAACUCCAGGACCACCAAAGGUGCCAUUGCGGCAGGAGGUGGUGAGCGUAAAUGGGCAGCGGCGCGGCCAGCGCAUCGUCGUGCCUGUCAAGAAGCUUUUUGCUCGGGAGAAGAGGCCUUACGGGUUGGGCAUGGUUGGGAAGCUCACAAACCGUACCUACCGCAAGCGCAUUGACAGCUACGUCAAGAGGCAGAUAGAGGAUAUGGAUGACCACAGGCCUUUUUUUACAUACUGGAUCACCUUUGUCCAUUUGCUCAUCACUAUCUUGGCUGUAUGCAUCUAUGGUAUUGCACCAGUGGGCUUCUCCCAGCAUGAGACGGUUGAUUCUGUUUUAAGAAACAAAGGUGUGUAUGAAAAUGUCAAGUUUGUACAGCAGGAGAACUUUUGGGUCGGGCCCAGUUCGGAAGCCCUGAUCCACUUGGGGGCCAAAUAUUCUCCAUGCAUGCGGCAAGACAAGCAGGUGCAUGAUCUUAUCAGGGAAAAGAGAGCUAUCGAAAGCAACUCUGCCUGUUGUGUGCGGAACGAUCGCUCUGGCUGUGUCCAAACCUCAGAGGAGGAAUGCUCGAGUACUCUAGCUGUGUGGGUGAAGUGGCCGAGGCAUUCCAGCACUCCCCAGUUAAACGGUAAAGACAGACAAUAUGGCUCGGUGUGUCAUCAGGAUCCAAGGAUAUGUCUGGAGCCCGCCUCAGUGUCACCACAUGAAUGGCCGGAUGACAUCACCAAGUGGCCAAUUUGUACCAGGUACAACACAGGGAACCAUACCAACCUGCCUCAUAUAGACUGUACCAUCACAGGCCGACCCUGCUGCAUCGGAACCAAAGGGAGGUGUGAAAUCACAUCCCGGGAAUAUUGUGACUUCAUGAAGGGCUACUUUCAUGAGGAGGCUACUCUUUGUUCUCAAGUGCACUGCAUGGAUGAUGUAUGUGGACUGUUGCCUUUCCUCAACCCUGAGAUCCCAGAUCAGUUUUACAGACUCUGGCUCUCACUUUUCCUGCAUGCUGGGAUCCUUCACUGCCUGGUGUCGGUGGCUUUCCAGAUGACCAUCCUGAGGGACCUGGAGAAGCUGGCGGGCUGGCUGCGCAUCUCCAUUAUUUACAUCCUCAGUGGCAUCACUGGCAACUUAGCAUCAGCCAUCUUCCUGCCCUACAGAGCAGAGGUGGGUCCAGCAGGCUGUCAGUUUGGGAUCCUGGCCUGCCUGUUUGUGGAGUUGUUUCAGAGCUGGCAGAUCCUCGCCCAGCCCUGGAGGGCCUUCACCAAGCUGCUGUGCGUGGUGCUCUUCCUCUUUGCCUUUGGGCUGCUGCCCUGGAUCGACAACUUCGCCCACAUUUGUGGCUUCAUCUCGGGCUUCUUCCUGUCCUUCGCCUUCCUGCCCUACAUCAGCUUCGGCCGCAUGGACCUGUACCGCAAACGCUGUCAGAUUAUCGUCUUCCUGCUGGUGUUUGUUGGGCUCUUUUCAGGCCUCGUGGUGCUCUUCUACGUCUACCCAAUCAAGUGUGAAUGGUGCGAAUUGCUCACCUGCAUCCCCUUCACAGACAAAUUCUGCGAGAAGUAUGACCUCAACGCUCACCUCCACUGAAGGGAAGGCAUCAGGUCAACAGAUGUGGACUGGCUGGGGGACGGUCGCCCCCUUUUCUCUGUGAACUAUGACAAUAUGCUUGUGUUCUUUUACUCUGUCGAUAUGAAAACCUAUACCACUCAUCCCAAGGACUUCCUUUAAUCGCCUCCAGGCAGUCAUUGUCAAUCCCUCACUGUCCAGUGAAACAAAGCUACAGCACUUGUGAACCUCAUCAAAGCGCUCAGCUGCCUUUUACAUGUGAGGCAGGAAUUAGAGAAGCCAGCGCUGGUACAGAGAGAAGGAUUUCUUUUUACAUUCACACUCCAGACAUAGGUUUUAUUAUUAUUAAUAUUAUUAUUAUUAUUCAGGCAACCUCAUACAGAAGCAGGGACAAAAAAUCAAAUAUUGAUACCUUUGGUGCCUUGUUGAUAAAUGUACCAACUACUGCCAUAUUUUUGUUACAUUAUGCUGAGCACUCGAAUGUUUUCUUUUAUUUGUUUAUUGCUUCUCAAGAAGUGAUUAUUGUUCUGAACACGGUAGCGUUUUAGCUACCUGUCUAGUCACAUGUAACUGAAAACAACAGUAAAAAAUCUACAAAAUCAAAAA